AUGGACAGCCUCCUGAUGAAGCAGAGGAAGUUUCUUUACCAUUUCAAGAAUGUCCGCUGGGCUAAGGGUCGCCAUGAGACCUACUUGUGCUACGUGGUGAAGCGGCGGGAUAGCGCCACCUCCUUUUCACUGGACUUUGGUCACCUUCGAAACAAGUCGGGCUGCCACGUGGAGUUGCUCUUCCUCCGCUACAUCUCCGACUGGGACCUGGACCCUGGCCGGUGCUACCGCGUCACCUGGUUCACCUCCUGGAGCCCCUGCUACGACUGUGCCCGGCACGUGGCCGACUUUCUGAGAGGGUACCCCAACCUCAGUCUGAGGAUCUUCACCGCGCGCCUCUACUUCUGCGAGGACCGCAAGGCUGAGCCCGAGGGGCUGCGGCGGCUGCACCGCGCGGGGGUCCAGAUCGCCAUCAUGACCUUCAAAGAUUAUUUUUAUUGCUGGAAUACUUUUGUGGAAAAUCGUGAAAAAACUUUCAAAGCCUGGGAGGGAUUGCACGAAAAUUCCGUUCGACUAUCCAGACAGCUUCGACGCAUUCUUUUGCCCCUGUAUGAGGUUGAUGACUUACGAGAUGCAUUUCGUACUUUGGGACUUUGAUAUCAACCUCCAAGAAUGUCACUUAAAAUUAACCACCUCUGAAGACAGUGGGUAAAAGGACAAUCUUUCAAGAAUUCCGUUUUUCUUCAACUCUCAUUUUCUUAAGAGUUUAGAGAGAAAAUAUUCAUUACAGGACUUUGUAAAAAAAAACCGUCUUGAAAGUACAGAAGGAACACAGGCCCACCAGGGAAAUGCUGCAACUGGUGCAGCUUUUAAUGCAACAGCGCCCCCUACUGGGAAAUGACAGAAUUGCAGGGCCUGGGAGCACCUAAAGUGUCGUGUUCUAUGACUGAGGGAGGAAACAAAAGGUAAAUCUGUAAAAGCAUGGUGAGAAGAUCAAAUGUUUUUAUAAUAUGUAUCCUUUAUUAUGUGAUUCAUACGGAGUUUUCAAUGAUAUUAGUGAUAUUUUUUUCUACUCUUUUCCUUUGGGGUUCCCUUUCAAGUGAACAAACUUGUACCAGUCCAUGAUCUAUACAGAACCUCCUAAUGAAAGGAUCUGGGUAAUUGUAACCCCAAAACAUCUUCCCAAGGCAUUAAUAUCUAAGCAUGCACUGUAUGUUUUCAUUGUCUGAGGUAUGUUUUUAUGUUUGUACAUAAGACAAUUUUUUUCUUGGUAUGAAAUAUGCAUGAUCACCUUCAAGCUAUUUUAUAAUAAAGGAUCUUAAAAUGAA